GAUUGUAGAGAUCCACCGGGAGGAUAAACCCCGAGCUCGGCAUCCGCGCGGAGAGAGAGAGAGAGGAGCGUUUCAUGAACGGCGACUGUCCAGUGGAGGCUGCAGACGGCAUGGCGGAGCAGCCGGACCCCGACGAUGCCGCCUCAGAGGAGUCGGAGAGAGACAUCUACAUGCGCUUCAUGAAGUGUCACAAGUGUUACGACAUCAUCCCCACCAGCUCCAAACUGGUGGUGUUCGACACCACGCUGCAGGUGAAGAAGGCGUUCUUUGCUCUGGUGGCGAACGGCGUGAGAGCUGCUCCUCUGUGGGAGAGCAAGAAGCAGAGCUUUGUAGGAAUGUUGACGAUCACAGACUUCAUCAACAUCCUGACCAGAUACUAUAAAUCCCCCAUGGUUCAGAUCUACGAGCUGGAGGAACAUAAAAUCGAGACGUGGCGAGAGCUGUACCUGCAGGAGACCUUCAAACCUCUGGUGCACAUCUCACCUGACGCCAGUAUAUUUGAGGCCGUGUACUCGCUGAUAAAGAACAAGAUCCAUCGUCUUCCCGUCAUCGACCCGGUCAGCGGGAACGCUCUCUACAUCCUGACUCACAAGAGGAUCCUCAAGUUCCUGCAGCUCUUUGUGUGCGAGAUGCCCAUGCCGGCCUUCAUGAAGCAGACUCUGGAGGAGUUGGCGGUGGGGACGUACGCCAACAUCGCCUUCAUCCACCCGGACACGCCGCUCAUCACGGCGCUGUCCGUCUUCACACACCGCCGCGUCUCCGCCCUGCCCGUCGUCGACCACAACGGUAAAGUGGUGGACAUCUACUCCAAGUUCGACGUCAUUAACCUGGCGGCGGAGAAGACGUACAACAACCUGGACGUGACGGUGACGCAGGCUCUCAGACACAGGUCGCAGUACUUUGAGGGCGUCAUGAAGUGCAACAAGCUGGAAACUCUGGAGACCAUCAUGGACCGCAUCGUGAAGGCCGAGGUUCACAGGCUGGUAGUCGUUGACGAAGAGUCUCGUAUCGUCGGCAUCGUCUCUCUGUCCGACAUCCUGCAGGCGCUGGUGCUGACGCCCGCAGGUCUGAGGAGGAAGGAGUCUCUCCCCCAUCAGCCAGCAGCUGUGGACUCAACAGAACCAGAGACAGCAUGUAAUCCUGAACUAGAUCAGGACAAGAACCAGGGACUGGAGCCUAGUACUGAGACAGAAAGCAAACCUGAACCGAGCCAUGAUCAGGACCAGGGACUGGAGUCCUGUGCAGAGACUCAAGACCAGGACCAGGGACUGGAGUCCUGUGCAGAGACAGAAAGCAAACCUGAACCAGACCAGGACCAGGACCAGGGACUGGAGUUAUGUGCAGAGACAGAAAGCAAACCUGAACCAGACCAGGACCAGGACCAGGGACUGGAGUUAUGUGCAGAGACAGAAAGCAAACCUGAACCAGACCAGGACCAGGGACUGGAGUUAUGUGCAGAGACAGAAAGCAAACCUGAACCAGACCAGGACCAGGGACUGGAGUCCUGUGCAGAAACUCAGGACCAGGACCAGAGACUGGAGUUAUGUGCAGAGACAGAAAGCAAACCUGAACCAGACCAGGACCAGGACCAGGGACUGGAGUUAUGUGCAGAGACAGAAAGCAAACCUGAACCAGACCAGGACCAGGACCAGGGACUGGAGUUAUGUGCAGAGACAGAAAGCAAACCUGAACCGGACCAGGACCAGGACCAGAGACUGGAGUUAUGUGCAGAGACCGAAAGCAAACCUGAACCGGACCAGGACCAGGACCAGGAGAUGAGUAAAGAAACAGAGACUAGCUGUGAGGACACGGAGACUGCUGAGACCUGCCAGCAGGGGGAGCCAGAAGAGACAGGCAAAGGAGAGGAGGAGGAGGAGGAGGAGGAGGAGGAGGAGGAGGAGGAGGAGGAGGAGGCGGCAGCGUGACAUCGAGGUCGCAGGAGCGACCUGGUGCGGCUGCAGAGGGAUGAAGCCCGACUCAGACCACAGCUGUUGCUAACAGCAGCCAGUUAGUUUGAAAACCAGUAGGGAUCCAACAGCCGUCACAGACAGAACAAAACGCUGCAGCUUUGUUUUUCCUUUUGGGUUUAAAACAGAAAAAAGCAAAAAACGACUUGUUUUUUGUUUUUUAAACUAAAGAAACAGGACUAAAAGAAUUACACAGAGAUGUACAGAUAAAUAUUUUAUUUGAUGAAGAGCCAUUUAAAACCGUCAUCAUGUAAACUUUACAUAUAAUUAACAUUUUACCAUCACGUCGUCAUGGUGCCUUUCAUUUGAGCCUCAGCUCCUGAUUGGUUGAGAGUUUUAGAUCAAUAAAUCAUUAUAAAAUAGUUUCACUGAGACCCUGUUUAUCUGCUGGACCUGUAUUAUAUUGAUUCUGAUAUAUAAUCUUAGUCUCUGCGUAUGGAAAGAUGUGUACGUUUUAUAGAGAUGUUUUGUUAUUUUGGUCUAAACUUUCUGAAGAAUCUGUACAAAGAUAGAUUUUAUUGUUAAAGUAUUUGUAGUUUCUAGUUGUGUUCACGUGAGAUUCACAGUGAGACUGUAGGGCGCGACUCUAUUUCAAUAAGUCACAUUUAAUAUCCCUGUAAGACUGAACCUGAUCGCCUCCUGAACCUUUGGCUUAUAAAAUGUUGUCUGUGGGGAUUCUGGGUAAUGUAGUACUUUAAUGUAAACAGCAGGUGGCAGCAGAAUGAAACCGAGUCAGAGAGGAGGAGUUUUAUUUAAGCUAAUUUAUAGAGGAUUUCUCUCACAGCAAGAAAUAAUAUUUAGCUUGUUUUAUUUUAGCUGAAACAAACUUUAGACUUUGACACGACUUAAAGUCCUGAGCAGAGACCCGUCCACCCUCAGCAUCAUAAAUGUUCUGUAUCUGUUGCUUAAAAACAUGAAUAAAACAUCUUGAUUUUUCUCUGUAA